CUUAUAUAUAUGUUUAUAUAACAUAUUUAUAAAUAAAUCGCUAUAAUUUUAAUAUUCACACAUUUCCCUCAAGUUCAUGUAUCCCCAUUUCUUGUUUCCCCAUUUCUUGUUUCCCCAUAUCUGAUUCCCCGUAUCACCGUUUACAUGCCCGUGCUGCAUACUGUGUACCUAUUUUUUUAGUUAAACAAUUGUAUGCAAGGAAACUUUUUUAACGUUAAUUGUUAGUCAAGGUUAAACUAUAAAUCACAAUCUUUUUAUUUUAUUUUAUUUGUUCUGUUUAGGAAAACGACCAUGAAUAAGCAUUUAAUGCGAACUACAGUAUACAUGGAAAGUAUAUAGAUGCUGCUAGUAUAUAUAUUAAAUAUGGUAAAAAAAUCACAGCGGUUAACUUCGGCAGAGAAAAUCUUCUAUAUAUUAUCAUGACCAUCUGAAGAUCGAACAACUUCACAAUUGUAAUUUUCCUUGUCUGAAUAAUUCUCAUCGAUCGUUCAGCCAUGGAAAACAACAAAGUAUUAAGUAUUUGCAAGAAAAAAACAAUGGGUCGAAGGAAGAUCGAAAUAAAAAAAAUUGAAAAGAAAAGCAGUCUGCAAGUAACAUUCUCGAAGCGGAGAACCGGCCUGUUUCGAAAAGCCAGCGAACUCAGCGUUCUCUGCGGUGCGGAAAUCGCAAUCCUCGUGCAAUCUCCGGCGAAUAAGAUCUACUCAUACGGCCACCCUUCCGUCGAAACUUUGCUCCACCGCUACCAGACCGGGGGAGGUGGCGGAGCAUCCUCGAGUAUUAUCCCUUACAGUGAAGACGGAAGGAGUAAGUACGAUGAAGCUGUAAAGAAACUCGAGAUAGUAAAGAGAUCAAUGAAGCAAGAGAGUAAUACAAGAUUCUGGUGGGACGAACCGAUGGAUGGCAUGGAACUGUACGAACUUGAGGAAUAUGUCGAAGCAAUGGAAGCUUUGAAGGAUAACGUCUCGCGCAGAGUCGAGGAGAUAGAGAAGCAGAAAUCGAACGCUGCUUCCGCUUCCACGUCGGAUCUUGAUCCUAGUUUCCAGAUUAAUUAUCAAGAUUUCGAUGCAACCUCGGGUUGCUCGAAUUCGGAUCUGGGAUGUAAGAGCGAGUUAGAAGAGAUGUUGAAAGGGGAGGCCGGAGAUGAUAUCAACGCACAGAUGGAGAAAGGCAUCAGUGGUUCGAUUGACGAUGACGACGAUGUUCUAAACAUUGAUGAACUAUUUAAUUUCAAUCAAGAUCCAACCAUCUUUUUCGACAUCUGA